AUGGAUUCAACAUCCAAAUCGAGAGUUCUCGGGAAUUUACGACAAUACUAUGGCUCAACUAUUCAGUCUAGGGCCGAUCUACGCACUUCCGCCUGCUGCUUGACCAAUAUCUCAACGCAAAGUCAUUCUGCCAGCCAGCUACGCGAAGCGCUGGUGCGUGUCCAUCCACAUGUCCAGGAGCGCUUCUAUGGUUGUGGAUCGCCGAUUCCAGCGGUGUUAGAAGGUCUGGCUGUCCUAGACCUGGGAUGUGGAAGUGGCCGGGACUGCUACGUGCUCUCACAGCUUGUGGGGCCCCGAGGUCGUGUUCUUGGGGUGGAUGUUAGCGAAGAGCAGAUUGCCGUAGCCCGGAGUUUCCUUGACUGGCAUGCACAGCAGUUUGGAUAUGCCAAUGUCGAAUUCAAAUUGGGUCAGAUGGAGGACCUCGCACCUUUGGGAAUUGCCGACGCUUCAAUAGAUCUCGUCAUUUCCAAUUGCGUGCUGAACCUCUCUGUUGACAAAGACCGUGUGAUACAGGAGACCUUCCGCGUCUUGAAGUCCGGUGGGCAAUUGUAUAUCUCCGAUGUUUUUGCCAACAGGCGUAUUCCCCAGUCACUGAUACAGGACCCAGUGCUCCAUGGAGAGUGUCUGGCAGGCGCCUGGUAUCGAGAGGACUUUCGUCGGCUGCUGGCCUCCGUCGGCUGCGCGGAUGUUCGCAUGGAGUCUCAGCGGCCAAUCUCCAUCGGUGAUCCAGAUGUGGAAGAGAAAAUUGGGUUUGCUACCUUUAUGGCAUGUACGGUUUAUGCAUUCAAAUUGGACUUGCUGGAAGAUAGAUGUGAAGACUACGGACAAGUGGCAAGGUAUCGGGGAACAAUCCCAAGGCACCCACAUAGCUUCCGACUCGAUGAAAAUCACGAAUUCCCUCGUGGGAAAUGGGUUCCUGUUUGCGGCAAUACAGCAGAUAUGUUAACAGCCACACGGUUCGCGCCAUACUUUGAAGUUAUUGGUGACAAGAGCACUCAUCAUGGCUUAUUUUCAUGUACCCAGUCACAGGAGUUGGUCCGUACAGCCGUGGAGGAUACUCACAUUAAAGAUAUCUCCCUAGGCAGCCCAGAUAGGGGCCUGGAGGCUUUCAUGGACCCCGCAAUUCACCGCGGAUUAUUUGACAAGAUCAUGUCGAUCAUCGAUGCAAGCAGUAGUGGUCCAUCUUUGAAGUUUCUCGCUGGUGGUACUUAUGACAACUCGAAUCACCAGACCAAAGGUCUGUUCAACGAAGAAACCUUCGGCCCAACUUUGGCUGUCUACGUUUACCCUGACGCGGAAUGGACUUCUACCCUAAACGGUGUCGACCAGGCUAGAGGUGGAUUUGCGAUAACAGACGCUGUUUUCGCAAAGGAUUGA